AAUCUAUACUCUAUUGCUUCUCUAAGAUCUCCAAUCUCUAUGAAUAAAUGAUAAUUUGUGAUUGUUUGUAGGUAAAAUAAUAGAUAUUGCUAAUGGUUAUAUUAUAAAAAACGAAGUGAAAAUUCUAUUUAUUUAGCCCGUUAUAAUUUGCAACGAUGUCUGAUACGAGUGAUUUAGACCGUCAAAUCGAACAAUUGAAAAGAUGUGAGAUUAUAAUGGAGGCAGAGGUUAAAGCCCUCUGUGCGAAAGCCCGCGAGAUCCUUGUUGAAGAGAGCAACGUCCAACGAGUCGACUCUCCUGUCACGGUGUGUGGAGAUAUUCAUGGUCAAUUUUAUGAUCUGAAAGAACUCUUUAAAGUUGGCGGAGAUGUACCUGAGACCAACUAUCUAUUUAUGGGUGACUUUGUGGACAGAGGGUUUUACUCAGUUGAAACAUUCUUAUUAUUACUAGCAUUGAAAGUUCGUUAUCCAGAUCGCAUAACCUUGAUAAGAGGCAAUCAUGAGUCAAGACAAAUUACACAAGUAUAUGGCUUUUAUGAUGAAUGCUUAAGGAAAUAUGGAUCAAUUACUGUCUGGAGAUAUUGCACUGAAAUAUUUGACUAUCUAUCAUUAUCGGCUAUAAUAGAUGGGAGAAUAUUUUGUGUUCAUGGUGGGUUGAGCCCUUCAAUACACACGUUAGACCAGAUAAGAACUAUUGAUCGUAAACAAGAAGUACCUCAUGAUGGAGCUAUGUGCGACUUGCUGUGGAGUGACCCUGAAGAUACACAAGGUUGGGGAGUGUCACCACGAGGUGCUGGUUACCUGUUUGGUUCAGAUGUGGUAGCUCAAUUCAAUGUGGCCAAUGAUAUUGAUAUGAUAUGCCGUGCUCACCAGCUUGUCAUGGAAGGAUACAAGUGGCACUUUAAUGAGACUGUCCUUACUGUCUGGUCUGCUCCCAACUAUUGUUACAGAUGCGGCAAUGUAGCUGCAAUAUUAGAACUCAAUGAGAGUCUUCAAAGAGAAUUCACAAUAUUUGAAGCGGCUCCUCAGGAGGCUAGAGGCGUACCAUCUAAAAAACCUCAAGCUGACUAUUUCUUAUAAUGUUACCUCCAAUAGACAAUUCUGAUCCUCGUUUAGUAUUACAGUUUUAUUGUAGUGACAAAACAUUACAAUGUGAAACUAAUUCAUUGUGAUGUUAAGACUGCUGUGUUGCAAUUUGUAUGUGUUUAUGAUGAAGUUCUGUGGAUAUUAACCAAUAACUGAAAACAAUAGUGACACAAGCAUGAAUAAGGAUAUUUUUAAAUGUGUUACAAAUCAAUUAUGGUUUAGUAAAAACUUAAUGAUCAAAAAUUUUUUUUAAUGUUUAUAAAAAUUUUGUAAUUUUUAAUAGUAUGGGAGAUAAGUAAGAUAUCAAAAUAAUAAAUGAAACCUGGCCUAUUUAAGAACUACAUUAUGAUAAUGUGGCCCCAUAACUUAUAUCAAUUAAAAUUGUAAUUGAUAUAUUGACAUAGAGACUGCACCGAGCGAUAGUCUCAUACAAUUUACUACUCUCCAAAGACACAAAGUGACUGUGCUGCCAUGGUUGUCUCUUUUCUGUAGGACGUAAUGACGACGACAUAGAAGAAUAAUGGAUGCACUAUUGCUUUGUUUCCUUCACACUUUUCAUCCUGCAUUUACUUCACAUAUUGAUAUAAAUAAAAUAAGUUAUUUGACUUUUGUAUUAUUGUGAAGUCUGUAUGUUCCUUAUUUGUUAAGAGUUUUUUCAAUAAUUCUCAUCACUGCCAUAAACUAAGUGUUUAUGUACGAAAUGUAUUUCAAAAAUUCUUAUAUUUGUAAUGAAAAUUUUAUUAUCUUCCAAAUUAGCAGUGAUAAUAUUAAAUAAGAUUUUCAGCUAUUGUUAAAAAAGAAGUUUAUGAGUUACAUGCAUAAGUUUGUGGUAUUGGACUACAUGUUUAAGGUAUAAUAACUCAUACACAUGACCAAUAUGAUGGCAGUUUGUGGUCAAAAGAUUUUUUCAUAAGGUUAGGCUUUAAAUAAGUUAAUGUUCAUUAUUUGUUUUAGAUACUAAUAAAAUAAUUAAAAUAAAAUCUUUGGAUUAUAACAUGUCCAAGUUCUUCAAUCUUAAUCUACCAAUGUAAGAAUUAUUUAUGAAUACCAAAGCAUGGCACAAUAAUUGAAAACACUCUGUUGAAUGUUGUGCUACACAUCAUUUUUAUUACCCCUUUUUGACAAGUUUCUAAGCAUAAAUGAUAAGCCUUUUCUCUAAUCAAUAAAUACUUAAAAAGUGUUUCAAUAGCCUUAGAAUGAUCUCACUGUCUCAAUUUUUACCAUCUGUAAUUUGAAUGUAAUUUAAACAUAUUAAUCUUACUUUAUUUUUUAUCUUUAUAAGACUCCCUUUUCAUUUGUGAAAAAGAAUAGCAUAGUCUCAUUUAAAUGUAACUAUGCUAUUUUUUUACAAUAGUAAUAGUAUAAAGUCAAUAAUUUUGGUCAGUACUGAUUGAUUUAUAAAUUAUCAAUUUGUAUUAAUUCUUGCUUUUAUAAACAAUUAAAACAAGAUAUUAUUUAA